UCGUGUGAAAUUGUCUACAUCAAAAACACCUCGUUGAUUAAUCCUAAAAUCGUCAAUAAUGAAUUUUGAUCACGAGUGCACAAUGCACAUGCAGAAAAUUCAUUUCGUUUUUCAUUCUGCAUUUCAAGGAUCUAUUCUCGAAAAAAAAGUUUCAUUUCGUGAAAUCGUCAUUAAUCGAAGUUUGUUCUUUUCGAUACCUUUUCAAGUGUUUUCGCGUCAAUUUGAACUAAUUCGUGUCUGAAAUUUUAAAAAAAUAGAAUGAAUAUUUCGCAGCCAUUCUGUGGUUCGAGUUGGAAAACCUUCGAAUACACUUUCUCGAAAAAAAUUUACGGUCAGUUUGCUUCUCUAUUGAACUUGAUCGGAGCACCUCUCAAUUUAAUAACCGUUAUUGUAUUCGUGAAAAAAAACCUACCAGCUUCAUCAUCAAACACCUUAUGCAGCAGUUUAGCAAUAUCUGACUUCGCAAUAUCGAUCCUGUGCUUCCCUCAAAUGUGGAUCAAUUUGUACUAUCCGGGUAUCUUUACCUUAUCAUCUGUGUAUCGAGCCAACCACGUAAGAUGGAUCAUUUCAAACGGUUGCUUCAAAUUGCAGAAGGUAUUUUACAAUAUAUCGUGUCUUCAUACCAUGAUGCUGGCGAUAUGGCGAUACAUAGCUGUUACUCAUCCUUUGAAGGAACGAUAUUGGUGUAACUUGAAGGUGACAUUUGAAGGAAUUGGCAUUAUUUACGUGGUAUGCUUCGUGUAUUCUGCCAAAGAUUUGUUCUGCGUUGUGGCAGCUCCUCAAGUAGUAAUGAUACACGAAAUAGGUCUUUUAUCUUUGAAUGAUACUGAAAAUAGCAAUAAAAUACGUCAGAUCCUUAAUGAUAAUCUAUUUCAACCUAUGUGCGAUACAAAUUUCUUGAAGGAUUUUUACAGCAUGUUUCGUAUCGUGAUACUCAGAACAACGCCCUGCGUCAUCAUAGCUCUUUGUACAGUAAGAUUCGUAUACGUUUUGAAAAAAUCAAAGAAACCUGGCGAAGAUACGAUCUCAAACUGCAGGAAAAGUUUAGCAGAAAAACAAAAGAAUCUAACGACGAAAAUGAUCCUAGGCAUAAUGAUAUUCUACCUGGUGAAUAAUACUUUUGGAAUCAUUGGUAGUGGUUUAAUACUAAUCUAUGGCGAACAAUUUGAGCAAGAUUGCUACAAAGUAUUCGACGGUAUCAACAAUUUACUGGUCUUGGCUUACACAUCGAUUCCUUUCAUCUUGUAUUAUUCAAUCAGUGAACAAUUUCGUAACGAUGUUACAUCUUUGGUAUUCCAAGGAAGGUGGAAACGUAGUCUGUUCACAGAUGAACAACAAAUUCAAUCAAAUUUGAGUUAUCUGGAUAGAAAAUCAUCAGAAAAAUGAAGGAAUACAUGGAGUAAACAGCGAUUAUUUUUCGUUUAAUUUAUUGUGAACACUGAUUUAUACCUAAUACCUACCAACUUACCUACUUGAAUUUGAAGUUUUAGCUGAACUUUCAUGCAAUA